CGUCAACACUGCAAACAUAUGGUUUCGUUUUUGCUUGUCAAAGUGAAGUGAAAUUUAGAUUUUUUUUUAUGAAAAAGUCUCAAAACGGUAAUCAAAGUGACGUCAGCAGCUAUUCCAAAUUUUAGUUUUACAUUAUUUGUGAAGUAAUAAGCAAACAUGAAAGCCAUACCUGACAGAUGGGAGAAAUAUUUACCUGUGGGACGUCGUGUUCCUGGUACUCGUUUUCUACCAUUCAAAGUCCCAUUAAAAAUGGAGCUAUGUAGUAGGCAGCCUGAAAGCCAGUGGUUUACCCCCGGAAUACUGGUGGAAAACAUUCCAAAGCUAAAAGCCGUGAUCGAUUUGACCAACACGAACCGUUACUACAACGCUGAGGAGUUUACGGGCAAAGGCAUUUUGUAUAGGAAAAUCAGUGUGAUGGGUCGCAAGCUUCCGCCUAAGGAAAUUCGUGAGGAGUUUUUCGAUGCCGUAGACCAGCUGUGUAGAAUGUUGGAACACGAUAGAGAUGCACUCAUCGGAGUUCAUUGUACUCAUGGGUUGAACCGAACGGGCUAUUUAAUCUGUAAAUACAUGGUGUUACGAAUGAAAAUUGAUCCCCAGGAGGCGAUAAACAAAUUUCAAGCAGCUAGAGGACAUCAGAUCGAAAGAAACAAUUAUGUGUCAGAUAUUUUAUGUCAACCAAGAAUAUGGCAAAAUGAGCCUUACAGCUCGUCGUCGUUAUCAUCAGCACAAUCGGUGUCUAACUGGCGAACCGAACCUCGUUUGGCACCCUGUUAUAACCGGAAUAAUAAUUAUUAUUGCACCGGAUAUAAAAACGAUAGAUCUUAUGGGAGAAGCGAUAGGUUUUACGAGAGAAGCAAUAGGUUCUAUGAGAGAAGCGAUAGGUUCUAUGAGAGCAACGAUAGGUCCUAUAGGAGAAAUUUUAGGCAAGCAUCACAGCGGCGCUAGCGAAGACAAUUUUUAUUUCGAGAUUAUUUUUUUAUAAGAAUUAAUUUUGAAUAAAUAUUUAUUUCCG